UCCUGUUUCUCUGUUUGCUUCAUUUCCUCUCUCUCUCUCCGCGGCCGACGGCUGAAAUGAGAACAUGUGGGAAUAUGGGUCGCAAAAUGCCUAAAACUCAUCCUUCUGGACUUUCAAAGAUUUAGAUUUGAAUACUUCCUAGAGAAUGCAUUGUUUUCUGCCUUUCGUGCUUCUGAUUGUCACUAGUGCGAGCGCCGUUUCAGAAGGGCAGAGCAAGAAAGUGUGCGAUGUCACCCCCAAAGAUCCGUACAUCCAAGUGGGAUCCGAUACUCGGAUCGUGUGCGAGAGCUUCUGUGCUCGCGGAAACGUGUACUGGACGCUGAACAACAAAGUUGUGGACGAAAGCUGGUCCCACGCCAUUAAUUCCACGCACAACAUCGUGUCCCUGAGGAACUUCACCCAGCCCAAAGCCACCGUGCAGUGCCACCGCAGCGACACCGGGGAAGUGCUCGGAGGGACCACGGUCAGAACGUACUCAAAACCUACCAAAAUUGGCUGCAUCUGGCACUAUAAAAAUGCAUAUUCUGAGGGUGUGCCCGAGCUUUUCAAAUGCGAUUGGGAGCACGGUGCCCAGUUCCCGGAGAAAAUAAAUUACACCGUACUUAUCUCUCGCUUAAACGCUGCCCCGACGGAAAUCUGCAGCUCGCAACAAUUGACAACGUGCACGUCCGACGAUGUGCACCUGUCGAGGAACGUGACACUGCCGGAUGAUCACCACAGUGUUACAGUGAGAGCAAAGACCAAAUAUUGGGAGGUCUACUCCGACCCGUACGAAUUUAAACCCCAUCACAUAUUGAAAAUUCAAUCUCCAAAGUUGAACCUCCAGGCCAUCUCCGGUCAUCUGCUGGUUAAGUGGACCACGUCCGUGUCCUCAAAGAAACACGACUGUCAAGUUAGAUAUAACGAGGUUGGCGAGAAAAGGAAAGCAGAGGUGCUCAAUAAGACUUUGGAAGCAGGAGAAAAAGGAACUCUAACCAUCAAAAACAUCGAUUCCUGCACUUACUACAAAGUUUCAGUCCGCUGCGCUUGGGACAAAGCUCCCUGGAGCAAUUGGAGCCGAGAGGAAACCGUUCUGAGCCAACUCAACAGGAGUGACAUCAAGUUGCAUCUGUGGAGGAAGGUAAUUGACCCGGGAAAAAAUGGCACGAGAAAGGUUCAUGCCAUGUGGAAGGAGAUUCCGUCAGCGUGCCAAGGCACAUUUACAUAUUUGAUCCAACAGUCUCUCGACAAGGACAACGGGACUCAGGUCGACGACAGUCCCACUUUAUGUUGGAAUUCAACUUGUACGAUAAUUGUGAACGAAGACGCAUACAGAGUACGGCUCGUCGUCUUUGAUAAGGACACCUACCUGGCAGAGGACUCGGUUUAUGUUCCGGCUGUUGGAGAAACCGGCCUCCCUCAAGUUGCAAACGUGCGGACUUCUUCGACCGGCGACGGUGUUAUUUUGGUCAGCUGGGAUGCGCCUUCUCAGCUUGUCAGCGGUUACGUGAUCGACUGGACCCACGAUGAGCUUCGCUACCGCUGGAAGGAAAGCAAUUCCACCAGCACGACAUUGUCGGGUCUUCUGGAUAAAAAGCCGUACGACGUCACGAUCACACCGCUGGUUGGCGACAAGACGGGCCUCGGCGCGCGGGUUUCGCGGAUCUGCGCAACAGUCACGGCGACAGCAAAUUUCUCCACCGUCAAGGUUGAGGUUAAAGACAAAAGCGCCCUUGUGAGUUGGGAUAUGGAGCGUCCGGAUGUCUGUAGCGGCGUUAUUGUCCACUACAUUGUUUUCUAUGGAACGGGGCAGGGAACAAAGCUCAAUGUCACUGUUAAUGCGACGACACGGGAGAUUCUUUUGAAGGAUCUGCUUCCUUACACCCAAUACAGCAUGUAUGUCAAGGCCGUGGCGCUGACGGGAGCGAGUGAAAGCAACGUCAGGCACUUCAACACAAAACGAUUCGAUCCGAGGUUCAUCACAAACCUUUGCGUCGUCGGAAGCAUCGUUAUAGUCCUCGUGCUGUCGACCGGGUUGUGCUGCGCUAUACAGUAUCGGAAAUUCUUGCAGAAGCCUCUUCCGAACCCGGGCCUCAGUUCUGUUGCGCUGUGGCCAUCAGGAGGCCAUCAAAAGGGAAUUUUCCCUUUCCGACUAUUCAACUAUCCGCCAGAAAGCUUCUGUGCACGCGUCUACACGGACGAAUCCCAGCUGACUUCCACGCCGGACAUCAACCGGGAAGAAUACAGCUUCCCAGCUUUGACGUCAAAGCUGGCCACGUACAAUGAGAAAGCGAAUGAACCCGAAGAGACGCCGACUCAGUCAUCUUCCGCAGAAUGUCCGACACUGCUCCUUGAGGGCAGCGGUCAAUUAAGCCCGUACCGAAGCCAGAGUUCUGUGGAAAGCCCCACCCAAAAUACUGAGAAAGAACGCCAAUGUCUGCUUCCAGUCAAGCAUCAGCAAUUGACAGCAUCACUAGCUAUGUAUGUGACAGUGGAUAUGUUUGAACAAGACCGAGGCAAGUGAGAAAACGCGGAAAACAUUUAAUAAGAUACGAGGGUCAUUCAAUCAGUAAGGUGAAUUUUUCGGUAUCAGGACAUCUAAAACAGAAGCUUACUUUUUUUUUUCUUCCUUCGACUGAGCCUCCCAGCACUGUCACACACUUUUCCCCAUCUGUGCACAGGCUUCCAUGUUCCCUCAGCGUAAACAAAAAAAAAAAUCUUUGGAUUGAUGUCUCAGCUCGUCUCUCAAACACACUCAAGUGUGUGGCAGAGCAAAAAAAAAACAUCCUGAUACAGAAAAAAAAAAAAAAUUUAUUGAAUGACCCUCGUACAUUAAAUUAUCUAUCGUGUAUAUCAUAAUUAUGUGCAUGUUGAAAUGCAUCUCCAAUUGAGACAAAUGUUGUUGUGCAGUGAUAACAGUGCAGAAUAUUUUAUGCAUGAACUCAUGAAAGUCUGUGUACUCUUAAAAAGUAACU